GGGAUAUAGACCUAGCAGUGCUAUUGCUGGAUCAAAGGGUAUGCACAGUUUUUAGCCCUGUGGGCAUAAGAACAUGGAAUUUGAGUGGGACUUGAAGAAAGCCAGGAGGUGUAGCUGUGAGGAAGAGAGUUCCAAUCCCCUGACCAGGGUCUCAUGAGUGAGGUGAAAGGAUUUCUGUUCACCCUAAAUGCUUUGGGUUACUCUGCUGGUGAGAUCAGAGUCUCCCUGACAGCUGGCCCUGAAAGGUCACCAGAGGGAUAGGGUUGUUAGCCAGCAUAGGAUUUAUCUGUGGGAGUGAGGAGGUAGGAGGCACAGGAAAUCGGGGAGGAGCCAGGACCUGGGGCAUUCAGCUGAUCUGAGAGGAUUGCAUUUCUCUACGAAUGAACUCUGAUACCAGAACUUGGCUUGACAGGAAAGAGGGAAGGGAGGGAGUAGGCUGGGCGCAGAAACUAUCAGCUCCACGUUGAAAUCUCAGGAGCUCAGCCACAGCGCAUCUCGAACUUCACCCUCACCCAGCCUCUUGUCAGCCAGACCACAGCAGCUGACAAGUCCGGAUAAUGGAGCCGAGCAGCACCCUCAGGCUUCCACCCGGUCUUUUUGAGGUGCUGACAAUCAACUACAGUGUUUCAGUAGAAUGCCUUUCUCAUCCUCCCACGGCAGCCCAGCUCCUAAAUAAGCUGAACUCUGUGGAGCUGGCUGUCAUAGUGAUCCUGACCCUGUUCACUGUGGGCUCUGUCAUCAUGUACGUGGAGGACACCAUUUACCUGUACAAGAAUACACGAUGCCCCAUCAAAAGGAAGACCCUGAUGUGGAGCAGUUCUGCUCCAACGGUAGUGUCUAUUUUUUGCUGCUGUGGGCUCUGGAUCCCCCGCGCCCUGAUGUUUGUGGAGAUGGCUGUCACCACGUAUUUUGCCAUUUGCUUUUACUUGAUAAUGAUGGUCAUGGUGGAAGGCUUUGGUGGGAAGGAAGCAGUGCUGAGGACUCUGAAGGACACCCCAAUGAUAGUCCACACUGGCCCCUGCUGCUGCUGCUGCCUCUGCUGUCCCCGCUUCACCCUUACCAAGAAGAAGCUGCAGGUGCUGAUGCUGGCCCCAUUCCAGUACGCCUUCUUCAAAAUGGUCUUUGUUUUGUUGGGCCUGCUGCUGGUACCUGAUGGCAUCUAUGAUCCGGCACUUAUCUCUGAAGAAAGCACAGCCAUGUGGAUGAAUGUAGCUCUUGGUGUGUUGACCUUACUGGCACUCUGGGCCCUGGGCAUCCUCUUCCGCCAGGCCAAGUUACACCUCGGCGCUCAGAACAUUGGAGGCAAAUUCGCUGCUUUUCAGCUGCUCCUCGUACUAACUGCCCUGCAACCCGCUAUCUUCUCCAUACUGGCCAGUGCUGGACAGAUUGCUUGUUCUCCACCCUUCUCCUCUAAAAUCAGGUCCCAAGUGAUGAACUGCCACCUUUUGGUAGUACAGACCUCACUGUUAACUGUUCUGACAAGAAUAUUCUAUCGGAAGCGAGACGAUAAGUUGGGGUUUGAACCUCUCUCUUUUCUGGAACCAUCCUCUGAAACCGAAGCUUGAACACACCCAGACUGGCUCUCCCAAACGAUGGCUGGAGCCAACAAAAAUGCAAAGAUCCUUCUUCACUAGUCCAGAUGUGACAAGAAUAAGGACAUUCUUACUGUCAUUAUAUAGGCUGCAAAUAACUACAGAGAUUAAGGUGAAUAUUGUAACAUGAGAAAGUGUUGGUGGGGGCGGGGAAGGAAGAAAAUAUUUUAUUUUAUAAAAAAAAUUAAAUGAUGGGGUUUUAAACUCUGAAAAUGUAAGGGUUUUGUUUUGGGGGAUAGAGAGCAGCAUAUAUAAAGGUCUCAAUCCAACCUAAAGCCAGAAUACUCAAAAGAUCACUUGUACAUAAAAUGUCACCAUAACCAAUCUGGAACACAGCCCAAAGCAAAUGAAAAAUAAGUUUGCUAGUCUUGCCAGAAUGCAACAGAUCCCUUGAAACUGCACAUAAUUAAUACAAUUUAGCCAUGCCCAAAGCCUUAAAGAAAUCAGACUGUGGGGUAAGAAUAAAAUGAAAAUGGAAACUAUGCCUUUUGCUAUACAACUACAAAAGCAUUAUCUAGACACUAGGGCUAGGUAUCAUUUCUGUGCAGCAAAAAUUUGGUGAAGCUUCCCUCUCAGGCUAUAACAAGAUUGUCCCUGAAACAAUACACAGUUAUCCAGCUUGCACAAUAUGAUAACACAAAUUAGGAACAAAGAGUUCUAGUAUGGAAAGGGAAAGGUGAAGAUAGGUACCACUUCCCUCUCCCCCCAAACAAAUAUAUCACCACACAAAGUCAAAACCACAUGGGAUGAGAACACUGGUUAAAAUCACUUUGCAUUUAUUUGGCUAAAUGAUAAAAGCCAAAACAACUCUGAACAGAUUAACAACACACAGACAGAAACUGAUAGACUAAACACCAAUGGAGGAAAAUUUUCCUUUGGACUCUGGCAUUACUGAUGAAGUUAACAUUCAUGCCAAGACCUGUGUUUCUUUUCAAGACAAUUUCGUUCCCCCAGGAGCCUCAACCCUAAAACAAUCUAAGGUGACAAAUCUUUGUUUAUGGGGUCAGGAAGGCCCACAUUCAAUCUGAAUGAACUUAACCUGAGUCACUUCAAUUUGGAACCUAAUGUAAAACAGAUGCUUUCACUUUUUACCUACCUGUCCCUGCCAAGUAUAAACCUACAUAAGACUUUGGCAGAAAGAAAAUGCUGUGGUUUUCUUUUUUUUAAAGGAAAUUAGUAUUUUAAUAACAUAACCCCAAGACCAUGUCCCAUUUAUUAAUCUGGAAAAAUAACAGCUAGAAGGGACCCUUCUG